GUGGAAUAAAAAUGUGCACGGCCUUUUGUCCCGCACCACAAGCAAGCAGGAGAGCGAAUCUGGUUCACCAAGUUUUUUUUUUUCUCUCCCCGACAUGGCCGGCAACCCCGAGAGAAGAUGCCUCUGAGGAUACACUAGCAGCAGGAUUGAGUGGUGAAAGCCUGAUUUAAUGAUGGACGAAAAAAGCAAAAUCACCAGCCAGCAGGCUCUCUGCGUCUCUGACGGAGAUGUCAGCAAAAAACGACGGUGCAACAUCUCAGCUCUCAAGAUGUUUAUUGUGGCGCUGUCCUUCUCCUAUUUCUGCAAAACCCUCGCUGGAACCUUCAUCAAGAGCGCCAUCACACAACUCGAGAGGCGAUUCGACCUCUCCAGCUUGCGCAUAGGCCUCAUCGACGGGGGUUUUGAAAUGGGCAACCUGUUGUUUCUAGCCGUGGUCAGCCAUUUUGGUGCCAAGAUGCACCGACCGAGGCUCAUCGCGGGGGGCUCCGUUCUUAUGGCGGCGGGGGCUCUUCUCACCGGACUGACGCAUUUCUUCAUGGGACCGUAUAAGUACGACACGGUCAUCGCCUCGUCCCAAAAUGACAGCUCGAGCACCAUUGCCUGUGUCAGGCCUGAAACCAAUGUCAGCCACUGGAAUCAAACACUUCAGAACACGACACAAGCGUGCGAGAAGUCCGGUUCCAAUAUGUGGAUCUACGUGUUCUUGGGGAACGCGUUGAGGGGGAUCGGGGAGACACCCGUCACACCUCUGGGCAUCUCGUACAUUGAUGACUUCGCUAAAGCGGAAAACUCUCCCUUCUAUAUUGCUUGUCUCCAGACCAUCGCUCUCCUUGGCCCUAUAUUUGGCUACCUCCUUGGGUCCUAUUGCGCUAAUAUAUAUGUUGAUAUUGGAUUUGUUGAUAUGGAAAGUGUGACCAUCUCCCCCAAAGACGCCCGCUGGGUGGGAGCCUGGUGGUUGGGAAUGCUAGUGUCCGCCGCCCUCCUCUUCAUCUCCAGCCUUCCUUUCUUUUUCUUACCCCAUUCCCCCGAGGUCGAAGAUGCCAAACCCUCACUUGUGGAAAAAAUUGCCGAACCAACGACGGAUUCCUCCAACAACGAGCCAGUAAAAAAAAUUAAAGAACUCGCCAAAGGGUUCCUUCCCUCACUGAAACGCCUUUUGUGCGAUCCCAUCUUCAUCCUGCUCUUGAUUGGCAAUACCCUGAAGUUCAACGCGUUUGUUGGCAUGUUCACCUUUAACGCCAAAUAUAUAGAGCAGCAGUUUGGACAGUCGGCAUCCAGAGCCAACUUCCUCAUAGGGUUGUUGACAAUCCCGGCCGUCGCCUUGGGGAUCUUUUUGGGUGGUGUCGUGAUGAAGCGAUACAAACUGAGCAUUAUAUCAGGAGCUCAGUUCUCCCUCGCCGUGUCACUCGUAUCGUACCUACUCUUGUUGCUCAAGUUCAGCACCAAGUGUGAUAACAUCCCCGUGGCUGGACUCACCACCUCAUACAACGGGACGCCGGGAGUGUUUCACGGUAGGCGGAAUCUUUUCUCCAAGUGCAACAGCAACUGUUCGUGUUCGCCGGACGAUUGGGACCCGGUGUGCUCGGACAGCGGAAUCACGUACAUCACGCCGUGUUUGGCCGGCUGCCUCGGCUAUAGUGGAUACGGCAAAGAAACAGUGUUCCAUAACUGCACUUGCGUGUCCGUGUCAUACCCGGCGGGCAGCAGCACGUCUGUGAAACUGGGGCAGUGCCCCCAAGCCAAAAGCUGCAGCCGAAGUUUCACCUCCUAUAUGGCCGUGUCGGUCCUGAGCGCCUUCAUUAACUCCCUAGGAAUCACGCCUGCGUACAUGAUUAUCAUAAGAUGCAUCACCCCACAAUUUAAAUCCCUCGCCCUGGGAUUGCAGACCAUGAUCAUUAGAGUCCUUGGUGGGAUCCCAGCGCCGAUUUAUUUCGGAGCAAUUAUUGAUCUAACCUGCUUGAAGUGGUCAGUAAAAAACUGUGGCGGAAAAGGAGCUUGUCGGAUCUAUGAUGCCGAUAUGUACAGGGUAAUCUUCCUUGGUUUAGUCUCUGGUCUCUGCGGGGUCUCCUUUUUCUUCACAUUAGCUGUGAUAAUCCUCCUCCGAAAGCAUUUCCAGAAGAAGGAAGACGAACGUGAAGUUGAGCUCAACCCCCAAUCAAUAAUGACGAAUAAUACACUCAGUGCAAAGGACGUCGACGGGGUUAUUAACAAUGGCUUCGCUCCUGCAGGCGAUGAAGAAAAAAUUAGCAAAAAAGCCGAAACGCAUCCGGCCAAUAGACUUUUGUGAAAAUAUCAGUCUGCUCAGUUUAAAUGGUGGUUUAUGCUGUUAAAUGUCUUAUUUUUCUAUAGUAUUAAAGAAAAUUUGUGUCCCAAAAGGUUCUAAAUCUAUUGAAAUAAGUUCAAAACAGGGGAAUCCAUUUCACAAGCACUGUUUCAGCUUGUCUUGUUGUGAACCCAAUGACCCUAGUGCCACAAUCGCUCUCAAAAACAGCAGCUUUCAGUGCACUGACAGAAUUGCGCAACCUUAAUUAUGCUCCCGUAGAAUUUUUUUACAUUAAUGCAAAACAGAUAUGGGUGCUAUACAGGUAUAUGAACAUAUAGUGUUCAAAGUGCAGUGAAAAUGGCAUAUUUUUGCAUAUGUAUGCACAUUCAACCCACGUGGACAAGGUUAUUUUCACUUCAAUUGGACCCGUGUUUGUUUUACAGUCAUUUGAAUCACACUUUUAAGGUGGGGUAGUUCAUGAGUAAAUAUUAACUAGAAAAAAGUCCAUUGGAAACAUGCCUUUUGUUUUUGGAAGUGUGACUCACAAAGGGGAGGAAAGACUAAAUGGACAAAAAAUAACAGUCAGUUAAAUUAACUAGGCAAGGCUCAAAGAUGAGUAUACAGUGCUGGUCAAAAUUAU